AUGGUUGAGGAGGAAGCUAAGAGCUUACCUAUGGAGCUGGGCGAGAAAGGAGGUGUGGAGAACAAUGGAUUUGUUCAAAAUGAGGCUUUUGAUGACAAGGAGAGCGAUACCAGUAGCCAAGAAGAAAUGCCAAAAACACACAUUGUUGACAUGGACCCAGUGGCUACAGAGGAGCUGGCGCUGAAGCCCUAUGCGGGGAUGCCAAAGGAAGUCUUGCUGAAGUUCUCCAGCCAAGCCCGGUACAGAGUCACCAGGGAGAUUCUCUUCUGGCUCAUAAUUGCCGCUUCUGUCAUGCUUGUGUGCGCUACGAUUGCAAUUAUUGCUCUCUCUCCAAAGUGCCUUGACUGGUGGCAGGCUAGUCCUAUUUAUCAGAUCUAUCCUCGUUCCUUCAAGGACAGCAACAUGGAUGGGAAUGGGGAUCUGAAAGGUAUCCAAGAAAAACUGGACCAUAUCAUGUAUUUGAAUAUAAAAACCAUCUGGAUCACCUCUUUCUAUAAGUCCCCCUUAAAAGACCUUGGAUAUGGAGCUGAAGACUUCUAUGAUAUUGAUCCCAUGUUUGGAUCAAUGAGCGAUUUUGAGAAUCUGGUUGCAGCCAUACACGAUAGAGGGUUAAAGGUGAUAAUGGAUUUAAUACCAAACCACACAAGUGACAAACACCGAUGGUUUCAGCUGAGUCGCAAUCGGACCGGGAAGUACACGGACUACUACAUCUGGCAGGACUGCACGCAGGCUGCCGGUUUGGUCACUCCUCCAAACAACUGGGUAAACAUGGGAAGGGACACAU